CAUUACCACAAUAGUGAGUGUCUAAUAUAGAAUCUCCAAAAAGAUUUAAAAGAAAGAAGGAAAAAAAACUCUUUUUAAGUUACAAGAACAAAUGCAUGUCAAUCUGAAGAACGGCAACCACCAAAUAGCCUGACCUAAGAAAAACACAAAAAGGAUUCUUUUGGCUAAUAACAGAUCCAGUUUAACUAAAAAAUGAACCCUGUUCAUUGGAGUCUUUCCCUUGCUUCGGUUAUCCCUUCAUCAUUCUUUGAAUGCAAUAUAAGGGGGGAAUGAUGAUGUUCAAAACAUGAUUUUAUGUUCAGGGAGGAUGGAUGAGCUGUUGCUGCCACUUUACGUCUUCUUCAAGAGGUAUCCCAAUAACAUCCCCAGUAAUCCCACAAACACGACGAACAUAAAUGACACUCCACCGCGGUUUCUACUUCCCUCCCGCCUGAUCAGUUCCUGCAAUCAGAAAAUACCCUCUGGCGUAAGACGAAUUCCAAGGCAUAAAUCUUGAUACCUUUGAGAACACGGGCAGAACAGGCAACUUUUCUAAGAACAAUGAAGCAGAACAAUUUCAUCCAGUACAACCAAUUUACUUUCAUGUUUCUAAGCAACUGACAGAUAUAUAUUAAUGGCCUUCGACUGACCCUGUUCUCAGGCUUAAAUCUUAGCAAAAAUAACCAAACAUGCAAAGCCCACCCCCGUGGUGGUAUUUAAACAUUCAUAACCAUACCCGACAAAGGCACAAGCCAUUAGUUAAUUCUAUGGUGCAAACCAUAUCUGACCUAACAGGGUAUGUUAAAGCCUAAGGGGGUUGACUUGAUAGAACUCCAUUUCACUCACUGAAUGUGCCUUAAAUCCAGAGAGAAGAAACCAUUGAGUAUUUACAUUUUUGUGACUUCCCCUUUCUCUUACUAGUUACUACCUUAAUAUUUUGAUUUGAUAAGGAAUAAAUUCCUGCAGAAAUACCAACUAACAGAAUGGCACUUGACAAAUGCAUAGGGAAAAGAGAUAACUCUCGAUGCAUUUCACCAUGAUAGAAAUGUGAACAUAAAGCAUCUUGACACUUGAAACAUGAAUCAAUUCUUUAUGCGAACUGAUAAAUAAAUACCAUGAAAAAAGAAUAUUAAAUGAUUUGACUUACUAAUUCCUGACGAAGCUUGUUGUUCUGCUGCAUGGCAUUGUUCUUUUCCUCGGUCAGCUUUGAAAUAAGGGCUUUAGCCUGUAAUUACAUCAACAUAAGCAGAGCUUGUAACUAAAACUGUUUGGCCAAGUGUCAGGCUUACUAAUCCCAUGGAAAAUGAAUAAAAAACCAUAAUCAUGAAGACAGAAGAUGCAUUGCUGAUAUAGCAAUGUGUUUCCGGUCCAGAUAUAAAGGUAUAAUAGGAGAUCAAAAAGCAAUAAAGAGCUUCUGCCAGUACAUGUAUCAAGCAUUAGAGCAGCAAAUGCCUAAGAAUCCUUCAACAAACAACAUAUCAAAAACGGAGGCAUAACACAUAUACAAAUCCCUAGCCCUCUGUAUAUAUACAGAAACAGAAACCACGUGGAUGAGGGGAAGAGCAGAACUUAAAGCUGAGAAUACAUUUGGAGACAACCACAAUCCAGACAGACAAGCACAGGAGCCAUUGCACUACUACUCCAGAAGUCAGAUGUAUGCCUAACAAAGACCUCCAGAACUUCAUAACACAGUUUCCAUAGUAUUAAACCACUACCAUAAAACUGCCUUAGAGAAGUAACGAGUGCAGCAAUAACCAAUAGAAUAGACAGCAGUGAGGGUUGAAGAACAUAGUAGAAAAGUGACAAAAACAGAAUAUGACACAACUAAUAAGGUAAAAAUAACAUUUUAGAUGUUUUAUACACCACUCAAAACAUUGGUAACAGUUUGUGGCAAAUGUUGGCUCGCAUCCCUUUUGCACACAUUCCAGCCAUGUGUAACAUUAAUAAAAGCUCAACAAAAAG